ACUCGACCUUGCUCUUCCUCUUCCUUGCGAUUGCCCUCAAGACGCGAUUACCAGCGAUAUAGGUUAAUCCACCGACCACGGCUAGAUACUUCAGCGUCUCAAACAUGUUCAGCUGGAGCCAGAACACGAAAUACAAGGCGAACAGUGCUAAAAUACAGAUAUAAUACCAUAAAAACCGAGUUCACCAACUGGGGGAAGACCAACAAGAAACAUAUAGAUCACCAAUACAUCAGAGUGACCUGCUAG